CCGCCUCAGUCUGCCGCGGAUUGCCAGGGUCCGCGCUGAGAGGACGUCAGGGGAGUCAGUCCCCCAGAAUAACGGCUGAGCAUGAGGGCUGCCUAACCUUGAAACCCAGCGCCCUCCUGAUCCACACGUCCUAAGACGAAUAAAUCCUCACAGUCUUUGUGAAAAUCCACUAGCAGAAGCACGUCCAAAAGUCUUUACCUCCCCAAACAAGUCUCAGAAGCGGGAAAACCAACGCCGCGAAUGGGCGGGAAAGCCACAGCGCCUGCAAUCGCUUCACCUCAUUAGCUAAUUUUGCUGUCCUUCUCAGUGGCCCGCCUCCCUUGCUCGCGGGCGAUAUUUUCAUUGGCUUUCGUCUUCUAGGCGUCCAAUCUCAUUGGUUUGCUUUUCUGUUCGUCAGGCUUGGGUGCCUGGUGAAAGGCGGAGAGGGCGUCACUAUUGGGCUGGAAGCCCCGCCUCCGCGUGCCGUGUGCAAAAACAAACAGCCGUUAGGUAGGCGGUGCCGGGGGGGCGGGGUCUGGCUAGAAGGAGGCGCGCGAUUGAACAGCCGCUGGGGUUCGAACCAGCAAGACAAGCGGGCAUUGGCCGCAGCAGCGCGAGGCGGGCACGGGGUAUUGUCCGGCUCCGGCGGCGGCGGUCGGUGCUGCGAGAGCGGCGGCGGCGGCGCAGGUCGUCAGCGGGCGGGCGCGCGGCCGAGCGGAGGCAGAGUCGGCGCCGAGAACAUGGCUGGAGGCAAAGCUGGAAAGGACAGUGGGAAGGCCAAGGCUAAGGCAGUAUCUCGCUCACAGAGAGCUGGGCUACAGUUUCCUGUGGGCCGCAUCCACAGACACUUGAAGACUCGCACCACAAGCCAUGGAAGGGUGGGUGCCACUGCUGCCGUGUACAGUGCUGCGAUUCUGGAGUACCUCACUGCAGAGGUGCUGGAGCUGGCAGGUAAUGCUUCUAAGGAUCUCAAAGUAAAGCGUAUCACUCCGCGUCACUUGCAGCUUGCAAUCCGUGGUGAUGAAGAGUUGGAUUCUCUUAUCAAGGCUACCAUAGCUGGGGGUGGUGUGAUCCCUCACAUCCACAAAUCUCUGAUUGGAAAGAAGGGACAGCAGAAAACUGCUUAGAGGGAUGCUUUAACCAACCCUCUUCCUCCCUGUCGUUGUACUGUAACUGGGACAGAAGAAAUAAUGGGGAUAUGUGGAAUUUUUAACAACAGUUAAAUGGAAAAGCAUAGACAAUUACUGUAGACAUGAUAAAAGAAACAUUUGUACGUUCUUAGACUCGAAGUUUGAUAAAAGUACCUUUUCAUGUGGUGACAGUUGUGUGUUGAUUGGCUAGGUUUCUCCCGCGUGUUUUAUACAAAAAUGGAAUUGAUAAACCAUUUUUUACAAAAUUAAUUUGUCUCAAAACUGUUCUGUUCAUGAUGUAUUAGAAAUAUUUUGCUCAGACUUUAAAUAUUUUAAAUCUCAGAUUGGUUAUUCAGAGUAACCUUGGAACAGAAAUUGGGAAUAUAGCUUUACAAUGAUUGAUACCAUGGUAUAUUGACUCUUACAUGCUGUUGAUCUGUAGCACCAUUUUUU